CGCCGAACGUGUUGCGGACAAGCAGUUCUCGGUGGAAAAAAGUUGUUUAUUUUAUAUUCACUCCCGAUAUUGGCAAUUUAUUAUUAUUGUUAUUAUCGUUAUUUUAGAAUGAAUUUAAGUAGAAGGUUGUUACCGAUUCACGUGUAUGUCCGGAAUGCUUCCACAAAAGCCAAGUUAAAGACAAAGUUUAAUUUUGAACUCUCGGCUGAUGUCAGUGACUCCCUCAAGAAUGGAUCUGUGAAGGCACGCCAUCAUGCAGGCAAAAUGGGCGUGGGAGUGGUGCACCUCCCUGAAGCACUUUCUCAGGCUGCAUUUAAUUCAUUGAAAGACUUUCCAGAAAAAAGCCUCAUGGGAGAUGCACACAAGUUGUCAAGUUACAUCUGGUCGAGACAUCCACCGCCAGAGAAAGAUGAAUAUUAUCAGAAGAUCAGAGAGGUGGAACAAGUAGUGAAAGAACAAGAAAUGGUAGACCCAUUAUCACCAGAUAUUGGCGAAGAGCUUCAAGGAAGGUUGCUAGAAUCCCGAAAAUCAAAAGUUAUCAAGAAAAUGAAGAACAAUGUUUAUCACUGGAAACCCAUUGAGUAUAAUGGUUAUAGGGCAGCUAUGUAUGUGGCAGGCCGCCUAGCUCCAGAUUACGCCUCCCUCUACAGAAUCCUGGCAGAAGUGAAGAAACGUGACCCACACUUUUCCCCACUUACGUUAUUAGACUUCGGCUCUGGUGUGGGCACUUCAGUGUGGGCGGUGGACAGCAUUUGGCCUGGGAAGUGUAAAGAGGUCGUGUGCAUUGACUCCAGCUCAGAAAUGAAUGACAUGGCCGACAAGCUUCUCAGAGGAGGUGACCCUGAGAAGCCACUGCAAACAAGACCAGGAGGAACCUUUUUCAAGCAGUUUUUACCAAUGUCCAGCGCCUUGAAGUACGAUAUUGUGGUUUCAUCUCGUUCCCUGUUUGAGCUCCCUGACAUGGCUUCAAGACUAAGAACAAUAGACAUACUCUGGAGAAAAACAUCAAAAUACCUGGUACUAGUUGAAGCAGGGACAAAUGCUGGGUACAGACUGGUUCAGGAAGCAAGGGAUUAUGUACUGGAGGCGAGUCAUCAGUCAGAAGAGGAAAGAGAUUACUUAGAGGGACAUGUUUUCUCUCCUUGUUCGCAUGACAAGUUUUGUCCAAGGUUUUUUGAUGGCUCUAAUACCCCUUGUAAUUUUGAAGUAUCUUACAAACCAUUUAGAUUUGGUAAAUAUAGUGACACAAGCAAGGAUCUGUUUACUUAUGUAGUACUUAAGAAAGGAAAGAGAAGUGAUGUUGAAGGUGACAAUGUUUCCUGGCCUCGCAUUGUGCGUGCCCCAUUGUGCCGCACAAGGCACGUUAUAUGUCGUACUUGUACAAAGUAUGGUACACUCCAAGAACUCACAGUAACGAAAAGGAGACAUGGCAAAGAAUGUUACCAAGUAAGUAAAAAUUCAGACUGGGGUGACAUGUUUCCGGUUGAAUUUGAAGACACGUCAAAUUCAGAAAGUGAUUCUCAUGAAUCUGCUUAUCCCGAAAAUGAUCUCAUCACCUAUAAAACAUCAGGAUAAGAAUAACACUUUCUUUCCGUAUAUGAGUGAGUAAAUAUUGCUCCCUUUGGCUUUGUUUCUUUUAGAAUUAUUUUUUUCUUAUUAUUUCUUUACUUUUAUUGCAGAUCUGUUUAUCAGUUUAAGAAAUUUAAUAAAAAGGGAGAUACUUGAAAUGUGAUAUGGAAAGGAGAUUUUAUGAAAUUCAUUAAGUCUUUUGUUUACAGUGACACCUGUACAACAUCAUUUUGGUAAACUAGAAUUUCUAUUUUAUUAAUUAACGUUAUGCUAGUCUGAAGAUAGUGCGUUUGUCUCUGGUGUCCUGUUUGACAUCCUAUCUGAACCCAUAGUGCUCUCCAGGAGGAAGACAAAUAUCUUUACAAAUUCUGUCUCCCUCAAGAUCAUUGAGCCUGCAACACUCUCUGUUCAUUAUGGAUACUGAUGGUGUACUUAUUAAUGAAACAGAUUAUAAAGAAUUUCUUGCUUUGGCAGUGAGUCCUGAGUUUUGUAAGAUAUGUAGCAUCAUAAUUUUUUUUUUUUUUGUAAUAAUAUGUAUAUAUGUAAGUAUGCCCAUUGUACAAAAAAAUAUAUAUAUAAAGCAAAAAGCCAGAAAGUUUUCUUAUAACAGACUGUAAUGUUCUACAGUUCAGGAAUAACCCUUUGUAAUUGACAAUAAGAUAUCCAUUGUAUAGUUUCUGAAAUUGAAAAAGUUAUAAUAAAUUAGUUUUUUUGUUUG